GUGACGUGCGGUGACGUCACGCGUCAUGGCCGGCGAACAUGUCCGGCCGCUGAGUUAGCCUAGCGAGCCAGCGUCACUUUGCCAACCGGAGGAUGUGGCUGGAGGAGCAUCCCCGGGUGUUGUACACCAGCGACAACACAUUCUUAGACGUGGACAAUGCAAGGGGCGCUAAAGAAAAGUGUCCACAAAACGUACAGGACAACGGACAUUCUCCCAGAAGGAUUUUGGCUUCCUCAGAGCAUGCAAUGGCAAUCAGUGUCAGCGUACUGAGGGAGCUGCCUUGCUCAAUGACUGGAGCUUGCAGUGCAGACAUCAGCACAGAGAUGGAAACAGGCAGUGUUCGCAUACCGACUGCAAAGUACACCAAAAUGGGGGAGACUCUGAGAUAUGUCAUUCCAAGUCACAUGCAGUGCUCUAUGGCUUGUGGAGGCAAAGCCUGUAAAUAUGAAAACCCAUCUCGUUGGAGUGAUGAGGAGCAAGCUAUUAAAGGAUUAUACUCAUCCUGGGUUACAGACAACCUGCUAGCUAUGGCGAGGCCUUCCUCUGAAAUUAUAGAAAAAUAUAAUAUCAUUGAGCAAUUCCAAAGGUGUGACGUGAAGACUGUCAUAAAUUUACAACGUCCUGGAGAGCAUUCCAGCUGUGGCAAUCCACUGGAGCAGGAGAGUGGAUUCACGUACCGACCUGAAACUUUUAUGGAAGCAGGAAUUUAUUACUACAACUUUGGGUGGAAAGACUAUGGUGUUGCAUCUUUGACUACACUUCUUGAUAUGGUAAAGGUCAUGUCCUUUGCUAUACAAGAGGGGAAGAUUGCUGUUCACUGCCAUGCCGGUUUAGGAAGAACAGGUGUGCUGUUGGCUUGUUACUUGGUCUUCACGUGUCGGAUGAACGCUGACCAAGCCAUCCUGUUUGUGCGAGCCAAGAGGCCCAACUCUAUUCAGACGAGAGGCCAGCUGCUGUGUGUCAGGGAGUUUGCCCAAUUCCUAGUUCCUCUCAGAAACAUCUUUUCCUGUGCGGAUUCCAAAGCCAGCGCCGUCACGUUGUCUCAGUACCUAACCAGGCAGCGCCACCUGCUGCAUGGCUACGAAGCGCGACAGAUGAAAAAUGUGCCCAAGUUGGUCCAGUUGGUUUGCCGGCGACUCGUUGACAUUGCCGCCAACCGGCAGUUGGUGAUGGAAGAAGAGUGGCUGGAGAUCCCCGACCUCACAGCUGAGGUGGAGAAGACCGUAUCCCAACAGGCCCUUCAGCAGCUUGGAAAGGAACUGAGAGGGAAAGGCAUCCCGGUUGCUUCUUGCUCAUCCAAUCCUUUCAGCCUAGUGGAGACCACGCCUGCUCAAAUUCAACCUCUCAUCAGUGAUCAUGAGCUUAACCCACUCUGGAGGCAGAAUGCAGCUACCCUUCUUCGAUCCUCCCUCUCCAACAAUAAGAACCUCAGCUUCAGCGAUUCUGUCCUUGACAAACUUGGAGCACACCGGCAGGAUUUGGCAAUUUCUAAGAGCAGCACACGACCGAUUCACUGUCUGACCAAACACUCCCUGUCUCACAGCAACAUCACUUCCUCUUCAUUUCAUCCUCAGGACAUUGCUUCAAGCAUUCUUGAAAGCGGUUCCCCAUUUGUGAAAACUAUUUUGAACAUGGGGGAUCCUGCUUUGCCUUUAGGGAUGUCUAAGCAGCGAAGGCAAGCUGACUGUGACACCAUACUGCAUGUUUUGUCAAACAAAAUGCUAGCCAGUCAAGAGACGCAGGGAAUGCAUGUCCCAGCGAAUGAUGGGGAUAACGCCGGGUUUCCCGUACUUACCCUCCAUUCUGAGCUGCCCCCAGAGAGCAGAACCCUGCAGGUGGCCAAAGCCUUGGCCAUGGACCAGACGGACAAGGACGUCACUGCCCAGGUCUCAGUGUGGCAGACGGAGUUAAACUCCAAAGAAGGGGCGUGGGAGAGGCUAUGCAUGGAAAGAGACCCUCUGGUGCUGUCCAGUCUCAUGUGGUCAUGGCUGGAACAGUUGAGGGACCCUGUCAUCAGCAGUGGAGAUGUCAAAUCUCUGACUGACAGUGCGAACCCACAGAGGGCACUCGACUGUUUGGAAAAGGGUCAGCGCCUCACAUUGUUGUGUAUCCUGGACUGUGCUGCUCAUCUCCUGCCAAUGCCGGCAGAAUUGGAGACCAGUAUUCUUCAGCAAACUAUAAAAACCUUGACCAAGAUUGAGUCUUCUUCUUCUACCCUGGAGGAGGAUCACUUUUUAUACUCCACACUGAAAGAAAUCCUGACUUCUAUUCUUCAUGAUCUGCACAACAAAGCACAGAUGAGGCUGCUGCUUGCAACACCAUUCAUUCUGCUGUCACUAGGCAACAGACCAAACACCCCGAUGCCCUCGUUCUCAUUUAGACAUGCUUCUUUGGACUCAAUUUUACCCUAAAGGAACCAUUUCCCUUGUGGAUCAAUAAAGUGUGUCUAAGUCUAAUACUUUGUUGAUGCACCUUUGGCAGCAAAUAUAGCCUUAAUUAUUUAUGAAUAUGAUGUCACAAUCUUCGCAAACUUAUCUUUGGGCAGUUUGGCCCAUUCCUUUUUGCAGCACCUCUCAAGCUCUGUCAGGUUGGAUGAGAAGUGUUGGUUUUCAUCCUGGAUAUCUCUGUACAGUGCUGCAUUUAUUUUUCCUUCUAUCCUGACUAGUUUCCCCGUUCAUGCUGUUGAAAACCAACCCCACAGCAUGAUGCUGCCACCAUUAUUCUUAAUUGUAGGGGAUGGUAUUGGCCUGGUUUCCUGCAACAUUACCCAAAAGGCUUGAGACUGUAAUUGCUGCCAAAGGUGCAUCAACAAAGUACUAAGCAAAGGCUGUGAAUACUUCUAUUUUAUUUAUUCUUUUUUUAUUUAAUUUUGAAUAACUUUGCAAAAAUUUAAAAAAAACUUUUCACAUUGUCAUUACAGGAUAACGUGUGUAGAAUUUUGAAGACAAAAUUAAUUUAUUCGAAAUGUGGAAAAAGUGAAGCACUGUGAAUUAUUUACGUAUGCACUGUAUUUCACCCAUAAGGACAAGUGUUCCCAAACAGGAGAUUUUAACCAACAGAGGUGAUUUUCAAGCUCUGGCUUCUCCUUGACAAUAACACUAGUCAUGACUUAACCAAAGACUGCACCGUACUGUAUUUGUUUACCAAAUUAGACACCAUGAAAACACUUCAUGUCUCUCACUUAUUGUGUACCUCGUGGGGAGUUAUAAACCAAAAAUCAGAUUAGGACUACAUGAAAAACUGUAUAUUAACAUCUGGCUAUAAAGUUGACCAGGGGUGUCCAAACUUUAGUUAAAAAUAAAAUAUUGAUGUCACUUUGAUACAUUUUGUCCAUUAAGGUGGAAAAAAAAAUCUCCAGUAUAGGUUAAUAUAUAAAUAUCAUAGCUUUGUGUUCUAGCUGACAAAGCUAAUUAGUGUAAUAUCUAAUGAUUUAUCAGAAUCGGAAUUUGUUGCAUUGCCCAAGUAUGUUAAACGCACAAGGAAUGGGACUUGGCAGGCAGAUUCUGAUACAUCUCAAUAAUAUCGAUUUCAUGUGUACGAUAAUAGAUAAGGUUGUGCAGGUGUGUACAUGUCAGCUAUUUACAGAAUAAUGCUAUGUUGAAUAUAAGUUAAAGCUGUACACUGACUACUUUGUAGCGGUGUGAAUCUUUGGACACCAAAUUAUUUGAUCUGAGUGAUGAAACGAUUCAGAAUCGAUCUUCGAUUCAAACCGAGUCCCGCAACGUAUUAUUUGGUAUAAUAAUUGCAAUGAAACUAUUUCAAAAACAGGUUACCAUUAUAAAUAUAAUUCUGGUUGCAUGACGUCUUUUUAAAAUUCUUCUUAAAAAAAAUAUAUAUAUAUUAUUUUUUUUAAAUCAGAUUUUUAAAAUUAUGAAUCGAUUUAGAAUUGGUAUAAUUAAAGAUUGUGAUUCGAGUGUGAAUGAGCUUUUUUGUGCACCCCUACUACUUUAUGUAUUAUUGUCUUUUGAGAAGCACAACCAAAGAAGUACUGUAUUUAUUUCCAAUGCAAAUGUCAAAUAUGGGAACGAACUGCAAGCUAUUUGUUUUCUUCCAUCUGAAUGUCCUUCAUGUUUGCAUGUUAGUCAAACUGCCACAUGUAUGCUGAUGUUGUGUAUCGCUCGGCUUCAUUAUUCUCACCUGUGUGCAGCAACUGUGCAAUAUGUAAUAUAGUGUAGAAUAACACUGAAUUAUUGAUUUUACCAACAAUAUUUGUACUGGUUCAAUGGGCAGCUUCUUAUGGAUUCAAAUAUGAAAUAAACACUCAAAGUGUG